GGUUCCUAGUUUCAAUGCUAAUUGAGAUCCAGUGACACUUUCAAAUUGACAUUUCUCCAACAGAUAUCGACCUGUUCAUCCCAUCCGUCGUCUUCGGAAAACUUGUUCUACAACUCUACCUACUAAGGGGUUCACACGUCCUCUCCAAUAUGGCACCAUCAGCAGUGACACCUCCCUCUAGUAUCAUCAGCCGCAGCAACAGCAGUACCAAACCAACUCUGUACCUUUUGGACAUUUUCCAUCCUGCCGCAAUUGAAAGGGCCCGCGAACUAUUCACCGUCGUCCUCCCCUCAGACCCCGAGUUCGUCGACUGGCCACAACAUGCCAAGUACUUGCUUAUCCGCGCCUCGUACUUGACAGCCUCCCAAAUUGAAGCCGCGCCGCAUCUACUCGCCAUCGGAAAACAAGGCGUGGGAACGGAUCGCGUCGACGCCGCUGCCUGCGCCGCCCGGGGGAUCAAAAUCUUCAACACCCCCGGGGUGAACUCGCGCGCCGUGGCCGAACUCGUGCUCUCCCUCACCACUUCCUUGGCGCGACAGAUCCGACCCAUCAGCCUACGGGUCGCCCGGGGAGAGGUGGUGCGCAAGGAAGAAUGCGAUGGGCUGAUCCUCCACGGGUGCACGUUGGGCCUGGUGGGCAUGGGCAACAUUGGAAGAAAGGUCGCCGAGAUCUUCCGUGGAGCCUUUGAGAGUGACAUCGUCACCUUUGACCCGUACAUGGGCGCGGGGGCGUGGUCCGACCUGCCUCACAAGCGCGUGACCAAGCUGGAAGAUCUGUUGAAAGUGUCGGACGUGGUCAGCCUGCACGCCCCUUUAACGUCGGAGACGAGGGGACUCUUGUCGUACGACCAAUUGGCCAUGAUGAAGAGGUCGGCGCUGUUGAUCAACGCCGCCAGAGGAGGUAUCGUCGACGAGGCAGACCUCGAACGGGCACUCGACGACGGCUUGAUCUGGGGAGCCGGUCUGGACUGUCACGAACAGGAACCCCCCACCCAGCAGAGAUACGAAAAGCUGUGGAAGCACCCCAACGUCAUCAGUCUGCCACACAUAGGCGCGGCGACUUCCCAAACCCAGAGGGAGACGGCUACGGCCGCCGUCGAGAAUCUUUAUGCUUAUGUGAAGCAGACGGAGGAGGCGGCGUCGGCGGCAGCGGUUCACGAAGUGCUUUGAGAGAUUUGAAAGGUUUGAUAUGUUUAUUGUACAGGAUCGGGAUUCUCUUUUCUGCAACCAUGGUUGGAUAUAUGUUCAAUGCUUGUUGGUGAUACAGGCGUCUAUGAUCCAUGUUCGAUCACGCAAUCUUUUAGAAACAUUCAGAUCAUACCUUCAC